GGUGCGAGACAAGCGUCGGGCGCGAGCCGCAGGGAGAGCCGCACACGCGCGCGCUGAAAGUGGAGGUGGUUGGGGGGGGGCGGUGAAGGGAGAGAGCGCGCGCACGCGCGCGCGCUGUGAGGCGCUGCUUGGUGCGUGAACGGCAACGUGCGGGUGACCGAGCGCCGCGCCGCGCGUCUACGGAUCUAGUAUCGGACUGCAGAGCGGGGAGGUGUGAGCGAGUGCGGGGCGCGCGCGCGCACGCUGGACCAGCUGCACGGAAAAGACUCGACCCUCCCCCCCGUCUCUGGUGCGUCUGCAGGUGGCAGUCGGACGGACAGUCGUGGCGGUCUGCGAAGGGGCGCCUGUUCGCAUCCCCGUCGCGCCGCGGAUUGGUUCGCAUCCCCCGUGAUGCCGACGAGGUGAAGGGACGAAGAGCGGGACGCGCGGGGCUUCGUGGCCGCGUUGCGCUGCGCUGCGCUCCGCUCCGCUCCGCUCCCUGGUUCCUGCGCGUGACGGACGUGAACGCGGGGAGCUCGGCUCCGACCCAACGUCUGUCGACGGUAUUUGGACAAAGUGCCGACAAAAGAGACACUUUUUUUUUUUUUUCUGCCUGACAAUUUGCGAUGAAUCGGGCGAUGAAAGGCGCCCUGAUCCGCUCCGCUCGUUCCUCGCGCUCAGAGGGCUCGGUGAUGCUCCGAGAAUAACGCCCCCCACGACGCCGAGGCACGAAAGAUGGGGCGCGCGGACGCGGGACUGCGCACCGCGCUGUGAGUGGAAACCCGAUAUAAGAGUCCUCGGGGCAGAAUUUGUCUGGAGGGGGUAGGGGGGGUGGGGGAGGAAAAGUUGCGUGUGGUGGUGGUAAGGGACGCGAUCAUGUUCCACGCACGGUGACCAUGACAGGGGUCCGGAACGCACAACGUGCCGCUGCUGCGCGGGUCCGAUGAACGGACUCUGCUUUCUGCCGUGAAGAAAGCGACGGUCCAACAGGACGGAGACGGAGCCCACGACGGGAACGCGGACCUGAAGGGGACCGGCAGCCGCCACCCCCUGCCGCUGCAGAGGAGCGCGCGCCGGGAGUCCGCCGCUUUCGCGCUUCUUCUUUUUUCUUUUUCUUUUUCUUCACCGUUUUCCACUCGUGGGGAAUGUAUAACAUGGCAGCAACGUGAACGCGCGAAGCUCGAAAGCGGCUGCGUGGACGCGCGGAGGAUCAUGAGGAUGACGGCGAGGAGUAGGAUGUGCUGAACCUCUGUGCGCGCGUCCGCGCCGACCCUCGCAUCAAACGGCCACGUCCCCGCGUUUUUUCGCGGGGGCCGGGAGGGGGGUGGACGGGGGACGGGGGACGCUGACAAAGGUUCGAGUCCCAUCGCCUCCCUGCAGAGCGGAGUGGAGCGGAGCGGCGACCCAGCGCUUGGGCCACCCGAACUGAGACCGAAGCUGCCUGAGGACCACGGCGAACGCAAAUGAGCUGUCAGACCGCUGGGGCGCAGAGAUUCCUGAGGAGAGCUCCACCGGCUGGCGAAUUAUGAACGUUGAACAAGAUGACGUCCGACCCGCAGCGGCAGACGAUGAGAGGUCCUAGGUGGAAGAAUAGGGCCCUGUGUGACCCCCUCUUGGUGCUGCUGCUUGCCCUGCAGCUCCUUGUGGUAGCGGGCCUGGCGCGAGCCCAGACCUGCCCCUCCGUGUGCUCCUGCAGCAAUCAGUUCAGCAAGGUGAUCUGCACCCGGCGCGGUCUGCGCGAGGUGCCUGACGGCAUCUCCACCAACACACGCUACCUGAACCUGCAAGAGAACCAGAUCCAGGUGAUCAAGGUGGACAGCUUCAAGCAUCUGCGUCAUCUGGAGAUCCUGCAGCUGAGCAAAAACCACAUCCGCAGCAUCGAGAUUGGCGCCUUCAACGGGCUCGCCAACCUCAACACGCUGGAGCUCUUUGACAACCGCCUCACCACCAUCCCCAACGGCGCCUUCGAGUACCUCUCCAAGCUCAAGGAGCUCUGGCUGAGGAACAACCCCAUCGAGAGUAUUCCCUCGUACGCGUUCAACCGCGUGCCCUCCCUGCGCCGGCUCGACCUGGGCGAGCUCAAGCGCCUUUCGUACGUGUCGGAGGGUGCCUUUGAGGGCCUCGGCAACCUGCGCUACCUGAACUUGGGCAUGUGCAACCUCAAGGAGAUUCCCAACCUCACGCCGCUGGUGAGGCUUGACGAGCUGGAGAUGUCCGGCAACCAGCUGUCGGUGAUCCGCCCAGGCUCCUUCAAGGGCCUCAUCCAUCUUCAGAAGCUGUGGAUGAUGCACGCCCACAUCCAGACCAUAGAGCGCAACUCCUUUGAUGACCUGCAGUCUCUGGUGGAGCUGAACCUGGCUCACAACAACCUUACCUUGCUCCCCCAUGACCUGUUCACUCCCCUGCACCACCUGGAGCGGGUGCACCUGCACCACAACCCCUGGAACUGCAACUGUGACAUACUUUGGCUCAGCUGGUGGCUCAAGGAGAUGGUUCCGGCCAACACCAGCUGCUGUGCCCGCUGCAGUACCCCUCCGAGCCACAAGGGGCGCUACAUCGGGGAGCUGGACCAGAACUACUUCCACUGCUAUGCCCCCGUCAUUGUGGAGCCGCCCGCGGACCUGAACGUGACAGAGGGCAUGGCCGCCGAGCUCAAAUGCAGAGCCAACUCUCUGACAUCAGUCAGCUGGAUCACUCCCGAUGGCUCCAUCAUGACGCACGGUGCGUACAAGGUGCGCAUCUCAGUGCUCAACGACGGCACACUCAACUUCACCAACGUCACCGUGCAGGACACGGGCACAUACACCUGCAUGGUGAGCAACUCGGCCGGCAACACAACAGCCUCGGCGACGCUCAACGUGUCCUCCACGGAGAAUGGCAGCUUCAGCUACUUCACCACGGUCACCGUGGAGACGAUCGAGCCGUCUCAGGACGACGGUGUUGGGACCCCGGUGCAGCGGAGCGCAGGGCCCACCCCGUCCUCGGCCAGCUGGGAGUCAUCGUCGCCCCCCUCCUCGGCGAGCAGCGCCACAACCACAGCGCGGACCCCCCCAUCGACGAGGACGCCGGAAAAGGCUUAUACGGUCCCUGUAACGGAGGUGGGCGGGGAGGGCUCCCUCGCCGGGCUGGACGAGGUGAUGAAGACCACCAAAAUCAUCAUCGGCUGCUUUGUGGCCAUCACGCUCAUGGCCGCCGUCAUGCUCGUCAUCUUCUACAAGAUGCGGAAGCAGCACCACCAGCAGAACCAGCACGCCCCAACGCGGACCAUCGAGAUCAUCAACGUGGACGAGGACCUGGCGAGGGCGCCGGCCCUCGAGAGCCAUCUGACGCUGCCUCCGCUGGAGCACGAGCAGCUCAACCAUUACAACUCAUACAAGACCGCGUACAACCACGCCUCCGCCGUCAACUCCGUGCACAGCUCGGCGCACGAACCGUUGCUAAUCCGGGCAAGCUCGAAAGACAACGUGCAGGAGACCCAGAUCUAACUUUGUUUCGUAAUUAAAAAUAUCAUAAAAACGCUAUUAAUAAAAAUGUUUGGAAAAAAAGACAAAAACAAAAAAAAGAAGAAACAACAGAUGGACGUAGAGGAGAGCAACAGAUGGUGACGUUUAUUAACGAUCCUGGAGAAUAGGGUAUGUCUACUGUUUCAAAAAGUGUCUUUACAAAGCAAAGGUUAUUUAUUUAAAGAAAUCUAUUGUGCUUAAAUCGAGAUGAAACAUCAUGUGUUUUGCAAAUUUGUUGUUAUUAUUGGUUUUUUUUUUCUUUCCUUUCAGCGCUUAAUUGUCCUUUUUUUUCCCAGAGGAAUGGUUUACCGGGGCUGCAUGCUUACGAACUCUGUGUAAAUGAGGGCGAACCGUCGAUCGGGCCCAACACCGAGGGGUGCUAUGGAGGGACGUCGCUCGACUUGACUGUUACUGUUACCACGGGGUGGUGGGUGGAGGGCCCAACGGCUUUCGGCUUCUCCUCCUGUAGAAGAAAGAAAAAACCGAUUGUGAUUCCAUGGUUAUCUGAGAGCCACCCUCGCAUUAGUUCAUAUUAGUGUUUGUUUAAUCGUGCGAAAACGACGAGGGCGGCGAGCGCAGGCAGAAGAGUGAAAAAAGAACAAUUGUGCCGCUCUACUAUUGUCAUGAGACCUUCUCACACAAAAUAUUAAUAAUAUAAAAUAAAUAAUUCAGCCAAAAUAGCCUGCUUCGGUCACCAUGGAAACCAGUGACCUUGACUAGAAUAAGAGGAGCGAGGCCCGGCGGCACCGACGCGUCGCCAGUUAAACGCUCGAGUACCCGGAGCAGGAAACGGAAGACUAAAGGGCUAAAGGGUCGCAGAAGGUGUCUCUGGUGCACCAGUUAUGGCCGCUUCGUUAUAUUUACUUGUCACUUUUCAACUCUUUCUGAGCAAAAAUCCAUACUACUUCUGUUGCGUUUCUUUGUCUGAAGCAGGCGGACAAGGGAGACUCACGUUGACAUUAUUAGGUGGAGGGGAUAACUGCCACGUCGGUCGCUUGAAAUGAGUUUCCCUGGAAAAAGCGUGUUACAACUGACCGUCAGUCACCCCCCCCAGAACCGUCGGUCACUGUGUCGCUACUCGUGUGUUCUGCCUCAGCGUGAAUCAAAGUCACACACCGUUCCUGUUGCACAUUACCUUGAUAUGUUGGUAUUAUUAUCAUUAUUAUUAUUAUUGUUAUUGUUAAUAUUAGUAAUAAGCAGGAGGGAUGCUGUGCGCUCGGUCCCCCUGACAAGAGGUCUUCACAGUACACCAGCAUUGAUGUCACAAGCCUUUUCUCAGGUUCAUAGCUCCAGGGAUGGAGAAACCCCGCCCACCCCAGCAAGCCCCACCCCACCUCUCCUUGCUCCGCCCGCCCCAUUCAGAUCUCUGUAGCUGCCCACGGUCAGUCGAUCGGCUUCCCCUCGCUGGACGGAGAUGACAUCCUUAAGCUGAGUUGAGCGCUGCGGUAAACCAUUGCCUCUUUGAGUGAGAGUGUGUGUGCGUGUGUGUGUGUGUGUGUGUGUGUGUGUGGGUGGGUAUACUGAGCAGACGAAGGGGUCCAAGCCACCUUGUCCCUUUUGUUUUGAAUGAACUCUUCUGGGAUUUUUAUGGUGAACUCUGUUGAUGAAAUUUUAGUCUGGGGGAGGGGAGGGUCACUCUGCAUUCUUACUUUCGUUUCCCUUUUUUGUUCCUUUUUUCAGAGGGAAUGCUGUUGUAGUGAUAGAUUUAUAUAAAAGGAAGACAUUUUGAAAAUAAAAUGAAAAAAAUGCAAACAAAAACGUUUUUAAAAUUUAAUUUUACAUGUGCCAACCUGUUGUGAAAAUGGAGGCGGGGAAAAAAGAGGAACAUGCUGUGAGAGAAUAAGAAAUUGAUUUUCAUGUAAACAUACUUUCGUGACCUUUGAAAAAGAUGAAGAUCGAUUAUAGAAUCCAGAGUUUGUAGUUCAUACACAAAAAUAAGGUUAUAAAUAAAAUAUUGCUGUUUUUUUCUCUAUUGUCUCGUGCUUCUUUCCUGAUCCUCGGGAAUGAGACAGGAGCGAAGAUGCCAUUAAUUUGCACGCGCGUAAAUUGUCGAGGGGCCCUUUUAACGGUUUCCCACGUGAUCCUGAACGAGCCGAGCGUGCGCUGUUGUAUCUCUUCCAGCCUGUCAUGGUGGGACCAAGUGUUGACCAAUGCUGGAAGGAUGAUCCCUGACACCAUGUGUCAAUAUUAAUCAACGCUCAAUAGCGUUGGCCUCGAUUUAUUGACGGGUCCGGUUCUGUACGAAUCUCAAGCUACGAUGUAGCUGCUCUCGGAACAUUUUUAAUAUUAAUCACGUCAAAUGUAAACUAUUAACUAUCAGUAGAAGCUUGAUAAGAUUAUACAAUCCCUAGAGUGCUUUUUGCAAGUUCGACUGCCAAAAUUUGAAUGUAGCCAUUAUAAAUAAGAACUGAUGACGCAGGACUCGUUAAUACAUUUAUGAACUUUAAGAUACUUCGUUAGGUUAAAAUGAUGUAAAAAAUGAGUUGUGUCCCCAACCUCCUAUUCACUGGCAUAAACGAAACGCGUGCAUCGUGUGCGGCGCUAUUGCGCUGUAAACACGAGAUGCGUUUCGUUUAUCGCAGCCAAAAAGUUUCGAAACACGAGAGAGUUGAACAAAAGGGGUCCUACACCCGCAUUUGGCUGCGUUAACUAAGGCCGCGUUCGCUUUGCUACCCACCGAAACCUGAGAGAGCAGAUGAGGAAAGGCAGCUGAAAAAAAAAACACUGGAAAAGGUCUGUAUGUUUGAAAUGUCGCCGUUGAACCCCUCCUAAUAUUAGGAG